ACAGUCAAUCGAUUCAUAUCAACAAGAAUUGUUUCGUAUAAAGCUGUCCCUUGUGCAAUUUUCAGUUAUUACUCUUCGGACAUAUAUAUUUGCGAGACGUACACUACACUCCGGUCGAUAUCAAGCUGGUUAUUAUUAUGCGAACGAGAGCAAAAGUUUCCAUUCGAACGAUGUCACAUCUCAAAUGAUUUCAUCCUGAUGUUCUGAUGCGAGUUGGAGUUACUCCCCUUUGAUAAUAUGGCUGGGAUGUAUAAGUCUGUCAAGUGUCCCAAUGAGGAGCUGUCUCUCACAAACUGCGCCAUUACAAGCCCCAGUGACUUCCAAAAUGGCCAACAUAUCCGGGUGACAGUUUCCCCACAUGCUCAGUUUCUGUUCACCACCAUGCCUGAUCCCAGUAUCAGUGCUGGCAGGAUUGGCUUCAAUGCCAUGCACAGGAAGUGGGCCAGCAUCACCCUGAAUGCAGAUCUACCUGUGGAGGUAGUGAAGCUGGACACUCGCAGGCAGACAGUCGGCUCCAUUGUGCUGGAGGUGGACUUCCUCAACAAGAAAAAUGCUUCAUCAGAGUCAUUUGACAGUGACAAGAUGGCAGCAGAGUUCUGCAUGAAGUUUGGCAGUCAUGUUUUUACUCAGGAUCAGCCACUGGCCUUCAGCUAUGAAAAGAAAUUGUUCUCUGUCCGUGUAAGAGAGCUGGAAGUACUGGACUUUACAGCUGUCAAGGAGAAGAUGGAGGGAAAGCCAAGAAAAGCUGACAAAGGCAUGUUGACACCCAACUCUGCAGUUAUCUUUGAGAAAGCAGAAAAUUCUAUGCUGAAUCUCAAAGGAAAAUCUAAAGGAAAAUCAGCAUAUCAGUCAAUCAUCAAUCCAGACUGGGACUUCAACAAGAUGGGCAUAGGUGGCCUAGAUAAUGAAUUCUCAGCCAUAUUCAGAAGGGCAUUUGCAUCGCGAGUUUUCCCUCCUGAUGUUGUUGAGCAGAUUGGUAUGAAGCAUGUCAGAGGCAUAUUGCUGUUCGGCCCUCCUGGAACUGGCAAGACCCUGAUGGCAAGACAAAUAGGAAAGAUGCUGAAUGCUCGGGAGCCAAAAAUUGUGAAUGGCCCUCAGAUUUUGGACAAGUAUGUAGGUGAAUCAGAAGCAAAUGUCAGGAAGCUGUUUGCAGAGGCCGAGGAGGAAGAAAAGAGGUGUGGCAGAAAUAGUGGUCUGCACAUUAUCAUCUUUGAUGAAAUAGAUGCCAUAUGCAAGUCCAGAGGAUCAGUGGCUGGCAAUACAGCAGUGCAUGACACUGUGGUCAAUCAGCUGCUGUCUAAGCUGGAUGGAGUGGAGCAGCUCAACAACAUUCUUGUCAUAGGCAUGACUAACAGGAAGGACAUGAUUGAUGAUGCACUCCUCCGACCUGGCAGACUUGAGGUGCAGAUGGAAAUUGGUCUCCCAGAUGAACAUGGACGUGUUCAGAUCCUUGACAUUCAUACCAUGACCAUGAAGGAGAAUGGAAAGUUGGGUUCGGAUGUGGAUGUUCCUGAGUUAGCUGCCCUCACGAAAAAUUUCAGUGGAGCAGAGAUUGAAGGCCUAGUAAGAGCAGCUCAAUCUACAGCCAUGAACAGACUUAUCAAAGCAACAUCCACAGUGGAAGUAGAUGCAGAUGCUGUAGAGAAACUUCAAGUGUCACGAGUAGACUUUAUGCAUGCAUUCCAGCAUGAUGUUAAACCAGCAUUUGGUAGCAGCAAGGAUGAACUGGACCUGUUCAUGACCAAUGGUAUCAUCAACUGGGGCUCCCCGGUGAACAGAGUGCUUGAAGCUGGAGAUCUCACUGUGUCUCAGACCAAGAGCAGUGAUAGAACACCCCUUGUCACCAUGCUAUUAGAAGGCCCUCCUUCCAGUGGCAAAACUAGUCUUGCUGCCACUAUUGCCAAGAGAUCGGACUUACCCUUUGUGAAACUAUGCACCCCACAGAACAUGAUUGGGUAUACAGAAACUGCCAAAUGCCAGGCUAUCAAGAGGAUAUUUGAUGAUGCAUACAAGUCCCCGCUCAGCUGCAUAGUCAUUGAUGAUAUUGAAAGGCUGCUGGACUAUGUACCGAUUGGUCCACGUUUCUCCAAUUUGGUUUUGCAAGCCCUUCUCGUUCUCCUGAAGAAAUCCCCACCACAGGGUCGCAAAUUGCUGGUAAUUGGCACUACAAGUCGGAAGGACGUCCUGGAUGACAUGGAGAUGUUAAAUGUCUUCAGUACAGUUGUGCAUGUGUCCAACAUAUCCAUGAGUGAACACCUGGUGGCGGUUCUGGACAGUCUGGACGUGUUCAGCAAGAAGGAGAUGGAACUGGUAGAGAGAAGGACAGCUGGCAAGAGAUUAUUUAUUGGAAUCAAGAAACUACUUAUCAUCAUAGAGAUGUCAAGACAGAUGGAUGAGUCUCUGCGUGCAGACAAGUUGGUGGAUAUCCUGGAGGACGAGGGAGCUCUUGAGAGAUGAGGACAGUCUGGUCCUGCUUACUCUUAGGAACCUUAUUUAUACACUUGUUACUUCCUCUACCUUGUUGUGUUGUUGUCACUUGUUUGUGGUGUAGUUUGGGUACAUUCCAGCAGCUGUGGAGAUACUCUGUUACAGGCUCUACCUGGUGACAUGCAGCCUCCCACUGGGCAAACACUGUAUCUGUACACAGUAUCAGUACACUCUAUCAGUAUAUUGUUUCAAGAGUGUUUGUUAGUGCAGCAGUUUAGAGCAUAGAGUCAAUGAUCCUGGAAAAAUCAGCACACUUUCAUUAUGUAAGAUGUGUAAGAUGUAUUUGCACUAAUUUGGUUAACCUCUGCAGCACAGUAAGGGACCACCAGCCAACUCACCAACAGCCCCAGUGAUGCAUACACCACAGGCCUGGGACAUAUAUUGUCUUGCAGUGGUUUUAGCUCCUGUACUGAUGUUAAAUGUAUACACUUUUCUCAAAAUAUAAUUCUUAAAGUAUUAAAUAUCCUUUUUCUCUACAUCAUGCCUCACAAACACACUGAUUAUCAAAGUAUGUGCUUUAUGUACCAUUACAAUUCAUAAAGAGAACAAAUGAUAUUUUCAAAACAAUAUUCAUCCUUUGAGAUUUAUAUAAUUUAACCUUCAUUGUCAUUUGAUGUGUAAAGACAAAUUAUGUGAAUCAGUGUGUGUGAUUUAUAUUAGUAACUUCUAAAACAUUAAAUAACAUAUUUACUAGCAGAUAUAUGUGUGUGCAGUAAAUUAUUUGCUGAUUGAACUGUAUGUGCUGUGUACACUACAUCUUUUGUCAACUUCAUAACCAUACAAACAUCUUCAUGUCAGUAUUACCAUCAGGAUCAACAUUGAAACCUGUAUGUAUUAUCCAUAUUUGACACUAUGAACAAGGGUUGCAUAAAGCAAUACAUACACAAAUGUUUCAACACACAACAUUGAUAUAUAUGUUACAGUUGAUUGUCAUCAGUGGAAAUGGGACUCUAUAAAGUACUCAGUGCUGUGGGUGUUCAGUAAUAAUACAAAGGCGUUUUCUAGUUGAGCAACACUAUGGGAAGACAAUCAAAUGGAGAGGAAGGUUUACAUACUAAUUUUUGGUUUAAUCAAAAUCUCUGUACAUGAAAGUAGCAGUGUCAGGGAGUUAAAACCAGUACUGGAGCAGGUAAUGUUAACCUGAGCAUGGUAGUGUUGCUGAUCAGGUCAUGAUGUAGUUUGUGUACUUGUAUUGCUCUUGUCAAGAGUUCAAAUAGCACAUUAAAGCAAAAUGUUCCAUAUCCACAUGGUAAGAUAUGAUUUGAACUACUCAUUUUGUAACACCGUUUUUUCUCUGCACUGUAGCCAGUUUCACAGAAGGUCAGUUUGACCAUGUUAACAGAUGGAACCUCCACCUUUCUUAUCUGAUAAGUGCAGUUAUAUAUAGCUACAGGGCAGUUGGUACAAGUAGAAACAUGAUCACAGGAAUUUUAGAAAGUGUAUUACCAUUGGGGAACUCUUGAAUUUCAGUUUUGUUGCAUGUGCUGUAUAUGUUUUAUGUGAAAUGCCAGUAUAUUUUGUGAAGUUAUAAGUAUAACAUACUGAUUUGAUCAGUACCCAUUUCCUCCAGAGUACCUUCGCUUUUUUCCAAUAUUGUAUGAUGUAAUCUGGUCUUUAUCUGCCACAUAUGGGAGCAUAUAGCUUACACUGUGCUAUGUCAUCCAAGCUGGUGGCUGUUGACCUGGAGUUGCCUAGUGCACUGUGUCAGCCCCUCUGAUGGCUGUUGACCUGGAGUUGCCUAGUGCACUGUGUCAGCCCCUCUGAUGGCUGUUGACCUGGAGUUGCCUAGUGCACUGUGUCAGCUCCUCUGAUGGCUGCUGACCUGGAGUUGCCUAGUGCACUGUGUCAGCCCCUCUGAUGGCUGUUGACCUGGAGUUGCCUAGUGCACUGUGUCAGCCCCUCUGAUGGCUGUUGACCUGGAGUUGCCUAAUGCACUGUGUCAGCCCCUCUGAUGGCUGUUGACCUGGAGUUGCCUAGUGCACUGUGUCAGCCCCUCUGAUGGCUGUUGACCUGGAGUUGCCUAGUGCACUGUGUCAGCUCCUCUGAUGGCUGUUGAUCUGGAGUUGCCUAGUGCACUGUGUCAGCCCCUCUGAUGGCUGUUGACCUGGAGUUGCCUAGUGCACUGUGUCAGCCCCUCUGAUGGCUGUUGACCUGGAGUUGCCUAGUGCACUGUGUCAGCCCCUCUGAUGGCUGUUGACCUGGAGUUGCCUAGUUCACUGUCAGCCCCUCUGAUGGCUGCUGACCUUGAGUUGCCUAGUGCACUGUGUCAGCCCCUCUGAUGGCUGUUCACCUGGAGUUGCCUAGUGCACUGUGUCAGCCCCUCUGAUGGCUGUUGACCUGGAGUUGCCUAGUGCACUGUGUCAGCCCCUCUGAUGGCUGUUGACCUGGAGUUGCCUAGUGCACUGUGUCAGCCCCUCUGAUGGCUGUUGACCUGGAGUUGCCUAGUGCACUGUGUCAGCCCCUCUGAUGGCUGUUGACCUGGAGUUGCCUAGUGCACUGUGUCAGCCCCUCUGAUGGCUGUUGACCUGGAGUUGCCUAGUGCACUGUGUCAGCCCCUCUGAUGGCUGUUGACCUGGAGUUGCCUAGUGCACUGUGUCAGCCCCUCUGAUGGCUGUUGACCUGGAGUUGCCUAGUUCACUGUCAGCUCCUCUGAUGGCUGUUGACCUGGAGUUGCCUAGUACACUGUCAGCCCCUCUGAUGGCUGUUGACCUGGUGUUGCCUAGUUCACUGUGUCAGCCCCUCUGAUGGCUGUUGACCUGGAGUUGCCUAGUGCACUGUGUCAGCUCCUCUGAUGGCUGUUGAUCUGGAGUUGCCUAGUGCACUGUGUCAGCCCCUCUGAUGGCUGUUGACCUGGAGUUGCCUAGUUCACUGUCAGCCCCUCUGAUGGCUGUUGAGCUGGAGUUGCCUAGUUCACUGUGUCAGCUCCUCUGAUGGCUGUUGACCUGGAGUUGCCUAGUGCACUGUGUCAGCCCAUCUGAUGGCUGUUGACCUGGAGUUGCCUAGUGCACUGUGUCAGCCCCUCUGAUGGCUGUUGACCUGGAGUUGCCUAGUUCACUGUGUCAGCCCCUCUGAUGGCUGUUGACCUGGAGUUGCCUAGUGCACUGUGUCAGCCCCUCUGAUGGCUGUUGACUUGGAGUUGCCUAGUUCACUGUCAGCUCCUCUGAUGGCUGUUGACCUGGAGUUGCCUAGUUCACUGUCAGCCCCUCUGAAAGCUGUUGACCUGGAGUUGCCUAGUUCACUGUCAGCCCCUCUGAUGGCUGUUGACCUGGAGUUGCCUAGUGCACUGUGUCAGCUCCUCUGAAAGCUGUUGACCUGGAGUUGCCUAGUGCAGUGUGUCAGCUCCUCUGAUGGCUGUUGACCUGGAGUUGCCUAGUGCACUGUGUCAGCCCCUCUGAUGGCUGUUGACCUGGAGUUGCCUAGUGCACUGUGUCAGCUCCUCUGAUGGCUGUUCACCUGGAGUUGCCUAGUGCACUGUGUCAGCCCCUCUGAUGGCUGUUGACCUGGAGUUGCCUAGUUCACUGUCAGCCCCUCUGAUGGCUGUUGACCUGGAGUUGCCUAGUUCACUGUCAGCCCCUCUGAUGGCUGUUGAUCUGGAGUUGCCUAGUUCACUGUGUCAGCCCCUCUGAUGGCUGUUGACCUGGAGUUGCCUAGUUCACUGUCAGCCCCUCUGAUGGCUGUUGACCUGGAGUUGCCUAGUUCACUGUCAGCCCCUCUGAUGGCUGUUGAUCUGGAGUUGCCUAGUUCACUGUGUCAGCCCCUCUGAUGGCUGUUGACCUGGAGUUGCCUAGUGCACUGUGUCAGCUCCUCUGAUGGCUGUUGAUCUGGAGUUGCCUAGUGCACUGUGUCAGCCCCUCUGAUGGCUGUUGACCUGGAGUUGCCUAGUUCACUGUCAGCCCCUCUGAUGGCUGUUGACCUGGAGUUGCCUAGUUCACUGUGUCAGCUCCUCUGAUGGCUGUUGACCUGGAGUUGCCUAGUGCACUGUGUCAGCCCAUCUGAUGGCUGUUGACCUGGAGUUGCCUAGUUCACUGUCAGCCCCUCUGAUGGCUGUUGACCUGGAGUUGCCUAGUGCACUGUGUCAGCCCCUCUGAUGGCUGUUGACCUGGAGUUGCCUAGUUCACUGUCAGCUCCUCUGAUGGCUGUUGACCAGGAGUUGCCUAGUUCACUGUGUCAGCCCCUCUGAUGGCUGUUGACCUGGAGUUGCCUAGUUCACUGUCAGCCCCUCUGAUGGCUGUUGACCUGGAGUUGCCUAGUGCACUGUGUCAGCUCCUCUGAAAGCUGUUGACCUGGAGUUGCCUAGUGCACUGUGUCAGCUCCUCUGAUGGCUGUUGACCUGGAGUUGCCUAGUGCACUGUGUCAGCCCCUCUGAUGGCUGUUGACCUUGAGUUGCCUAGUUCACUGUCAGCUCCUCUGAAAGCUGUUCACCUGGAGUUGCCUAGUGUACUAUGUCUCUUGACUGGUACAUUGAUCAGUUAGGGCCAUAGGCAGAGUCAUUCCAGAUGACUAAAAAAUGUGUAACUUAAUCUUAUUGAAAGAGCUAGAUGAUGUGCUAUGGUGUUGUAGGUAGCUGAGGUAAGAAGUGUUUAUCUAUAUCUUAUCUACAACUGCUUUGGACUUUAGUCUCCAGUCUGUAAAGAAUGUAACUCAAUAAAGAAAUUAUUAGUUCCAA